UCUCUCACAGACCAGGCGCCAAGUGUUGCAGUCCCGUCCGCAGCCUCAGUCUCAGUCUCCCCCGGCGCCUCAACCGCCCGCAAUGCCCUUGGACACCGCUGCCCUGCUCGGUCUCAGCCCGCUCUGAGCAGCCGGAUCUGUACUGGUGGACUGUUGUGUACCCUGUCCGGAGUCCUCUGCACUGCGUGAAGCGAAUGGAGAAGGUCCAAGGAUAACAGAGGGUGCAGGAUUGUGCUAGUGCAGAAGACCUGCCGGUAGUCUGCGCGUCUGUCACAGAAGCUUUGGUGUCGCAUCCACUAUUUUGAUCAUCUCCAAAAGCGUCUUGCAUGGAUACAUCAUGGCUACGUUUGUAUGCAGGGUACAGUUCUUAGAUGAUACUGAUCCGUUUAACAGCACCAAUUUCCCAGAGCCCACCAGACCACCUCUGUACACUUUCAGGGAAGAUAUUCCACUAAUAAAUCAGAUUGCUGGAGUCCACAGGCUGCUGAAAGCUCCACAGAAGGCUGAUGACUGUGCACUGCAGUUGUCCCAUAAUGGUGGUUACCUGGACUUGGAGUCGACCCUGGCAGAGCAGAAAGAUGAACUGGAGGGAUUUCAAGAGGAUGGAGGACGAGGAAAGAAACACAGUAUAAUUCUUCGGACACAGCUAUCUGUCAGAGUCCAUGCCUGCAUCGAAAAACUCUACAACUCAACUGGGCGAGAGCUACGAAGAGCACUCUUUUCCCUCAAGCAGAUUUUUCAGGAUGACAAGGACCUGGUGCAUGAAUUUGUGGUGGCUGAAGGACUGACAUGUUUGAUAAAAGUGGGAGCUGAAGCCGACCAGAACUAUCAGAAUUACAUCCUCAGGGCUCUUGGACAGAUAAUGCUGUACGUGGAUGGGAUGAACGGCCUCAUAUCUCACAAUGAAACAGUCCAGUGGCUUUAUACGCUUGUCGGCUCCAAGUUCCGUCUGGUGGUGAAGACCGCUCUAAAGCUGCUGCUGGUGUUUGUGGAGUACACAGAGUCCAACGCUGCCCUGCUUAUAAAGGCUGUGAAUGGCGUCGAUGUCAAAAGAGGCACAAAGUUGUGGUCGAAUGUGAUGGAGAUCCUGGACGAGAAGGAUGGAGUGGAUACAGAGCUGCUGGUUUAUGCAAUGACACUCAUCAAUAAGACUCUGGCAGGCCUCCCAGACCAGGACUCCUACUAUGACAUGGUGGAUUGUCUGGAGGAGCAGGGCAUUGAAGCUAUGGCCCAAAGACACGUGGGCAGGAAAGGCACAGACCUCGACCUGGUAGAGCAGUUCAACAUCUAUGAGACGACGCUGCGGCACGAGGACGGUGAUGAUGAAACACAGUUGCCUCCCAGCGGCCGAAAGGACCGCAGACGGGCCAGUGUCGGAGGCACCAAUGAGCGACGGGGUCUGGAGAGAAGACGCAGUCGUAGACAUUCGCUCCAGAAUAGCCGAGGUCACGCUUCUGCCCCGGCAUCACCCAGCAGCCCUCACACUCACACCAGUAGUUUCCUGCCUUUUGGAGGCCAGCGUGUGGAAGACAUCAGUGAAAGAGAAGAGGAAGAGGAAGAAGAAGAAGAUGAUGAGGAGGAGGAGGAGGAGGAGGAGGAGGAAGAGGAUGAGGAGGCAGAUGAUGAAAGUCAUCCAGUCACUGAGUCCUGUAGUCAGGGUGCUAACAGUGCGGCUCCAGCUGUAGCAGCCUCCUCUAACAUGUGUAUGAACUUAAAGUGUAUGGCCAACAUCCUCCCUAAAGCCAGUGACCCUGAAGGCCAGAGAGAAUAUCUCGGUUUCAAGACCAGGACCUCCUCUCCUGUGUCCGCCGCACCUAAACAGAGGAACUAUAGUCUUUGUCUGACAGAAGCAUCUCAUACAAACAACUCCCAUACUUCUUACACAGCUAGAAAGCCCUGCUGGGCUGAAAGAAUUAGUGCAAAUGGCACUCCAUACCCUGGCAGGCACCAGUCUCCUGCAUCACCUAUCCAUCGCUUCACUAGUUCUGCAGCCUCCACAUCAGACUCCAAACCAGACAGACCUGCACUAGGAGGUUUGCUUACUUCAUCGUACAGACAGCACCAAGAGUCUCUGGCAGCAGAGAGAGAGAGGAGACGCCAAGACAGAGAGGAACGUCUGCAGAGAAUUGAAAGGGAUGAGAGAAACCGCUUCAAUCGAGAUUACGUUGACAAGAGGGAAGAAGCGCGACAAGCCAGAGAAGAAAGGUACAAGGCUGUGGAGAGGCUCGCUGCAGAGGAGUUCGAGCGAGAGCACCCCCGGGUGCCUGUAAGAGGACGGACAGAGAUCACUUUGUGUUUGAGUUCCAACCCUGCCAGCCGCUCAGCGUCUCGCUGUGCCACGCCUUCAUCCAUCAUUUCACAGGAAGACGCAGCCCCCACGACAUGGCAGACAUCGGGAACAGAACACGUCUCGGAGCCAAACCUUGACCCACAGACCAGAACCAGGAUUCCAGCCCCAGAGUUAAUAGUAUCCCAGCCGUCCCCCAUACCUCCUCCCGAGCCAGACAAGCAGCAGACAGAGACCAAGUUGCCUGUAGAGACAGAGGAUGUCAUCAAGACUCAAAGUGAGAAGACUGUAGUGACGGAGCUGAUGCCAGAUGAACAGACAGGUGGAGAGAAAGAAGAAGAAAAGAAGGAGCUGGAGGACCAGAAACAGUGUGUGAAUGAAGCAGAGGUAAAAGACGAGGUAGAGGAAGUGGACGUAGUGGAUGUAGUGGAAGUGACAGAGACAGACGUGGACGUGGAUGUUGAGCUGGAGGAGGAGUCUGAGAAGGAGCAGCCGAUGGAAAGGGAGGUGGAGGAUGGUGUGCUGCUGAGUGAGAAGGAGAGGCAGAAUGAGGAAGUGAAUGAAAAGGACAACUGCUCAGCAUCCAGCAUCUCCUCAACAAGUAGCACUCUGGAGAGGGAGGAGCGAGAGGAGAAACUGAGCCAUGACAUAGAAGCAGGCCAGCUGAUGCAGUGCAUUAAGGAUGCAGAUGUGAACGACCAAUGCAAUAAAAUACUCAACAGUAAGCGCUUCAUGCUGGACAUGCUUUAUGCUCAGAAGACAAUAAACAAAGAUGAAGUAAACAUCGAAGAAACUGAGAAAGACAAAUGUAAAGGUGAGAAGGAAACAGAGGUCGGCGACUCAUCGGUGGCGAGUCUGGCCAGCAGGAUCUCCACGUUAGAGGCUCACAGACAGGCCAGAGAGGAAAAUGUGAAGAAGAUGGAGGUGGGGCACCUGGACAACCAGGGCAGCGUCCGGGCAGUGGCCGAGAAAUUUGGAGAUCUGGUUAAAGGUCUGACGUCUCCUCCUGAAGCAGAGAGCUUAAAAGAACAGCAGCAGACUGACAAAUCAUCAUCCGCCGUCUCAUCAGCGUUACCUCCGAAGAAGGAGUCAGACCACAUCUGGGACCAGCUGAUGGCCGCACCCAGAGAGUUACGGAUCAAAGAGAUGGACUUUACAGACCUGAGGGACGAGGACGACUUGGACAUUUUAGAUAUGGACAAUAUGAUGGGCUCAGGUGACCUCAUACCACCGCCCCCGCCUCUGCAGUGCAACGCUGCGCUGCCACCACCCCCACCCUUGUUUGGGUGCCCCCCGCCUCCUCCUAUCUUUGGCAAAAUGAUGCCCCCGCCCCCACCGUUCAUGGCCCCCAUCCCUCCGCCCUCCCCUCAGCUGAGUCGAGGGGACGCACCUCUCUUCCAGAAGAAGAAGAAGACUAUCCGUCUUUUCUGGAAUGAGGUUCGUCCAGUGGACUGGCAAUGUAAGAGCCAUAAAUUCUGUAAGGAGUCCCUGUGGUCCAAACUGGAGCCGAUUAAACUGGACACAUCCAAGCUGGAGCAGCUGUUUGAGUCCAAAUCCAAGGAGCUGCCUGUUACAAAGAAAGCAGCCGUUGACGGAAAACGACAAGAAAUCAUAGUCCUGGACUCAAAACGAAGCAAUGCUAUUAACAUUGGAUUGACAGUUUUACCUCCUCCCCGAACCAUCAAGACUGCUAUCCUCAACUUUGACGAGUACGCACUGAACAAGGAAGGCAUUGAGAAAAUCCUGACCAUGAUCCCCACAGAGGAGGAGAAGCAGAGGAUCCAGGAGGCUCAGCUGGUCAACCCUGAUAUUCCCCUGGGGAGCGCAGAACAGUUCCUCCUCACCCUCUCGUCCAUCACGGAGCUGUCUGCCCGUCUGCAGCUCUGGGCAUUCAAGAUGGACUAUGAGAUCAUCGAGAAGGAAGUGGCUGAGCCUCUUCAAGAUCUGAAAGAAGGGAUGGACCAGUUGGAGAAAAACAAGACGCUGCGUUACAUCUUGACAACACUGUUGGCCAUCGGCAACUUCCUCAACGGUACUAAUGCGAAGGGUUUUGAGCUGAAUUACUUGGAGAAAGUUCCAGAGGUGAAGGACACGGUUCAUAAACAGUCUCUGCUGCAUCACGCCUGUGCUAUCGUGGUUGAGAAGUUUCCCGACAGCACUGACCUCUACUCUGAGAUUGGAGCGAUCACCCGCCUCACCAAGGUGGACUUCGAUCAGCUUCAAGACAAUCUGGCCCAGAUGGAGCGAAGGUGCAAAGCAUCAUGGGAUCACCUCAAGGUCAUUGCAAAACAUGAGAUGAAACCAGCGCUGAAGCAAAAAAUGUCAGACUUUCUGAAAGACUGUGCAGAGAGAAUCAUUAUUCUGAAGAUUGUACAUCGAAGGAUAAUCAACAGGUUUCAUGCCUUUCUGCUCUUCCUGGGCCAUCCGGUGUAUGGCGUACGUGAAGUCAGCAUUCAUCGCUUUAGCAAAAUCCUGAGUGAAUUUGCCCUGGAGUAUCGCACGACGAGGGAGCGCGUGUUACAGCAGAAACAGAAGAGGGCCAACCACCGAGAGAGGAACAAGACCAGGGGAAAAAUGAUAACAGAUAGUGGUAAAUUUGGUGGAGGUCCGUCGGAUGCACAGGAGAUCCAGCCUCAGGGUAUCCAGUACGCUGAAGACGCUGCUGAACACGAGAACAUGAAGGCUAUACUGAAGACCAGCCUGCAAAGUGGGGACAGUUCCACGUCCACAGUGCCGGGCCUCCGGACACGAACCAGAGCCGGCGGCGUACGAGGGCGUGUUCCGCCGUGGUGCACCACCAACGACGACCCGGUGAACUGCACGGACGACACCGCCGAUGAGAUCAUGGAGAGAAUCGUUCGGUCGGCCACUCAGGGGCCCGGCCCGCGGACGCAGCCUCGAGAGAGGAGACGCUCCCGAGCCAACCGCAAAUCAUUGAGGAGGACGUUGAAGAGCGGUUUGACGACGGAGGAGGCCAACGCUCUAGGCUUGUCCAGCGGGUCAGAGAUGCAGGUUUGAUCUGGAUCUGGACAUGAAGACGUGUGAUGGCCCUUUCACUGCCCCCAUCCAACCUGUUCCAGCUUUGGCACCGAAUGACCCCAGCUUUGACGAGUUGAUCUCAUCUCUCAUGCGUAAUGUUUACACAGGCUCGACAUUAAAUGCGAAUCCGAAAGACUGGAAGAGACGGGCAAAGAGCAGAAAACAGAGCACCGCCUUUAAACCACUAAGCUUUGCUAUUGCUGGAUAAACAUCAACCUGCACUCACAUAGCUUUCUUUCAAUCAUCCUUUGAACGUGACAUGGCAGGAAAACGUGCUGAGGUGUGUUUUUCAAGGCCAGGGGCAUCCGAACGGUUGCAUCCGCCUCGACUGGAACGUACGCAGCCUGGUCCCGGGUUCAGUCAUCCCUGCAGUUUUAGGGACAAAUCAAGACGUGUUCAUCUAUUGAAUAGAUGCUUUGGGCGGAGGAGUUUUCUGUUAUGUACUACUGUGGUAGUUUUGUGUUUCUAUUCAUUUUGCUCAAGAAGGUGCUCACAUAAGGAACAAGUGCACUGGAUAUAAACAUUGGGUAUCAAUGGAAUGUGAAAUCCUUGACACUGAUAAACCACUUUGACAUCUAAAUCAGUUUAACCAGCAAUUCAAAAGUAGCACAGUUUUUCAUGACGUCUGAUCUGAUCGAAGUGCACAGAUUCAGAGCAGGCGUUGGUGCAAGGAAUUUAGAAAACAGACGUAUUUAAAGAAUAAAGGAUGGUCACUGCAUCAUGAUCAGACUAAUACUCAUCAUGCAAACGUUUUCAGCUGAAGCAAAUGUAGACAUGUAGCAUUACGUGACCUAAUCUCACUGAUGCAGAUCGGACUCAGCGUUUUAAUUAGUCGGAGACAGCAGGCACAACGUUACAGACGAGCAAUCUUCACAAAGUUAUUUUUUAGAAACUAUGAGCUGCACAUUUCAGAGUGCCUUUUAGAGACAGUUAUUUAUUAAGAUGUUUUCAGGGACAUAUAAUCAAGAAAAUGUUACUACAACAGAUGUGCAGUCUGCCAGGGCUGAGGAUAAUACUGCAAUGUGCAUCAUUCACGAGCUGUGAUUUUAUUUUUAACCAGUGUUUUUAAAACUUGUCCUGAUGACAUUUCUGUUUCCUCUUCUGUUUUUAUCAUGUUAUGUCUUGGAUCAAAAUAGUUUAUAAAGAUAGCUUUAACGUAUUUAUGACAACUCAAGAGUCUGGGUAUGCACAUUAGCUCUAUCCUGUUGCCUUACUGUAGAAUAUGGACAUGCGUUGUUUCACUCAUGGUAAAAAUGUACCAGUUUAAAAUAGGUCAGGCCAAAUUAAUGUGCAGUUUAACUGGCAUCACUGGAGAUCCUGUCAUUUCAAGGACAUAUAUAGUAUUCCUUCUUUCUUCAACUUUGAAUGUGAACAUCAGGGGUUACAUGAUUAUUAGUAACACGGACGCACAUAAAAUCUCCAUCAUUUACCCGUUUUUAAACCAAUUAAGCAGUGAAGUGAAAAAGCGGCGCCCACAGUUGAACUUUUGAUAAUAUAGGUCUUGUUUUUUAAAACUGUUCUUGAGCUCAUUUUGCCAUAAUCUGGAAUGGCCUUGGCUAAAUUACAAAAUGUGAUGAAAACAAGGAGCACUAUGAGGCUAUGUACAAAACCACACCAGCAGUUCAUGUCUUUUUUUUUUCCCUGUUUUUAAUUUACUGAAAAUUACUCAGCACCUUAGAGUCAAUGUGUAGCAUGCAAGUUUUAGCCGAAUAAAAGUAGAACUGAAGUUUUUGUUUUUUUUUUUUUUGGGGAGGGGGGAGAAAAGCCUGUGGUCUGUUCCCUAGAUUGUACUUUUGUCAAAAACAAGACAGAAUAGAUGUGUAAAGUAAUAGGGGAAUGCUGUAAAAUGAUGUACAUGUCACUUCAAUGUCUAUAUGUUUUGGGGGUUUUUUUGCGCCAUGUGUAGAAUAGUGUAUUAUAUACUUAAAAGCAGUAUUAUUCUAAACCUAAUUUAAGCACGGUUUGAUGAGGAAUCACUUCGGCUUGAAUCAGAGGGAGGUUCGGUUUGAUAGUGAAAACUGUGGGGUUUGUGUGUGUUAUUAAACUUUUUUCUUCGCAGACUGUCAAGUGAUGAAGUGUGGGAAAAAAAGGAAAACAUGCAGCAAUCAAUUUUACCAACUAGUCCUGUGGAAUCCCCGUUGAAGCCUUGAAUCUCAUUGCACUCGACGUUUUAUUUUAAUUUAACGUUAGCCUUUGACACGCAUCGCUGCCUGUGCCAUAAGAUCACUGUGGAACUUGGGACACAAGCGCUGCUCGACCGAGGCUUUCAUUGCGUCUACGCCCACCGCAAAAACUAUGUAACGACUACAAUAAAAAGGCUCAUAUGAUU